UCAUGCUGCUGCCAGGUCCAGAGUGUCUCAUGGGUCCCUGUACGGCCUCCCAUUGCUGCUGUCUCCAUCGCCACACUCUGCCAUGUGCCACUUUCAGGUCUCCUCACACUGCUGGUGUGUUCCAUUUUUUGUCAUAGGGUGCUGGCAGAUUACGGGCCUCCCAUUGCUGCUGCCAGGCCCGUAAUCUGCCAUGGGCCCCUGUACCGCCUCCUCAUGCUGCUGCCAGGUCCAGAGUGUGUCAUGGGUCCCUGUACGGCCUCCCAUUGCUGCUGUCUCCAUCGCCACACUCUGCCAUGUGCCACUUUCAGGUCUCCUCACACUGCUGGUGGUUUCCAUUUUUGUCAUAGGGUGCUGUAUGGCCUCCCAUUGCUGCUGCCUCCACCGCCACACUGUGGCUCCACACUCUGGUUUUGGCCCCGUGACUGCCCAAAUGAGUGAAGUGUGCGGUGAUUCUAAGAUCGACGGCACUCAUCUGCAUGUCAUACUG